AUGAGCCUGAGAACCGAACAACCAAGUGGUCUCGACAGAGGCGGCGUUCGUUUCGAACUGAGCAAAGCCCUCGGUCUAUGGGCACGGAACUCGAGACUCACCUUCCAGGAAGUUAACAGCGACCAGGCAGACAUACUGGUGUACUUCCAUCGCGGGUAUCACGGUGAUGGAUAUCCUUUCGAUGGCAGGGGCCAGAUCCUGGCGCACGCCUUUUUCCCCGGCAGAGAUCGCGGCGGAGACGUUCAUUUCGACGAAGAAGAAAUAUGGCUACUGCAAGACGAUAGCAAUGAAGAUGGGACCAGCCUUUUCGCGGUAGCCGCGCAUGAAUUUGGCCACUCUCUCGGCUUGGCGCACAGCUCGGUUCCCGGAGCUCUCAUGUAUCCGUGGUACCAGGGAUUGAGCUCUAAUUACGAGCUACCGGAGGAUGACAGACACGGGAUUCAGCAGAUGUACGGUGCUCCCGAGGAGAAGCUAUGGGCAUAUCUACCAGGUGGUCCGCCACCUCCGGAACGUCUGACAACGCCUAGGACAACAACGACAAGCAUUGGGACGACCUACAGACCGUGGAGAACAAGACCGACAAGGCCGAAUCACUAUCCAAACGACGACCGACCCCGUCGCCCUGAUCGUUACCCUCAGAAGCCGGAAUACAGGACGGAAAGACCGGAGGAGCGACCUCCGAGACCUCACAAGCCCCACAGGCAUCAUACAACAACGACCACACCGAGCAUCACCGUCACUACGACCGUAAGGACCACAACGAGCACCCAGAAGCCGAGGUAUCGAUGGACACCGACGCCCAGGAACGAUAUGCCAGAUAAAUGUGACACCAGCUAUGACGCCAUCAGCAUUAUUCGCAGGGAGAUCUUUGUGUUCACGGGCAGGUAUCUGUGGAGAAUCGGUGAUCACGGAUUAUACGAGGGUUACCCAGCAGAAAUCAUUCGUCUGUUCAACUUACCUGAAGAUAUCGACCACGUGGAUGCAGUUUACGAAAGGCCUGACAAGAAGAUAGUAUUUUUCAUCGGUAAAAAGUAUUACGUUUUUAACGCCAACUUUCUGGAGCCCGGGUAUCCGAAACCGUUGACCACACUGGGACUUCCGGAAUCAUUGGAAAAAAUCGAUGGCGCUAUGAUUUGGGGACACAAUGGGAAAACUUACUUCUUCAGUGGAUCUAUGUAUUGGAGGUUCGAUGAAUCCGUAAAUUUUGUAGAACUGGAUUAUCCAAGAGACAUAAGUAUGUUCGAUGGUGUUGGGAACGAUAUCGACGCUGUGUUCCAGUGGAAAAAUGGCAAAACGUACUUCUUCAAAGGAAAAGGUUUCUGGGAAUUCGAUGACUUAAGGAUGAAAGUCGCCCAUGAAAAGCAAAAACUAUCGGCACCAGUCUGGAUGGGCUGCCCACGAGAAUUAGAAACCAACGAUGUUGAGAAUUAUCCAAGGAAAUCUAAGAUCAUGGCCUCAAGCGACGCAACCACACCACCAACACUUUCUCUCGGAUUACUUUUUAUAGUAUAUUUUAGCAAAUAUUUAUAA